GGAAGUUGCGAUCUCUGCUGGGAGAGCACGUUUUCUUUGCCCAGGGCUCGGGGUCGGGGGGUGGGUGGGCUUCUCUUUACCUUGGAGGACUUUUUCUCUCCCCCCCUCCCCUCCUCCCCCUCUCCUGUCCGCAAAAUACAAGCCGGCUGGAGGAGCCAUGGAAGUUCCCUUGCUUUUCUGCGCUGGCGGAUUGCAAAGCCAUGCAUGCCUCGUAGGCUCUUCCUGAAAAGGCAGCCAAACUGCUCUGUACUACACAGAGAAUGUCCUGACAAAUGUGCAGGCUUCUCCUGAAAUGAGGAACAUUUGCAAGACUCCAUGAACUCUUAAUUCCAGUGACACAUCUAGAGUUUGAUAGAAAUGGCCCGGGAUGCCAGAUCUUCACGAUUAAUUAAAAAAGAGGAGAUAAGCAAAAAGAAACCGAGUCCUGUUAAAAAGAAAUCUUGUCAAGGAAUAAAAGAUGCCAAGAAAGAGUCCUCAAAGAAAGAGUGUCCUACAGGCUGUAGAAAAUUAAUAGAAGACCAGAACGAUGGCAAGAAAAAAUCCCAAAGACGUAAACCUCCAUUAAGUUCGCCAUGCCGAUUUCUCCGGAGCAGUGUAACCAAAGCCUUUUCUGGAACUUCUUGGAUGAACCUGGAAUUAACGGAUAAUGUUAUCUUCCACAACCAGCCUCCUUUGAGCUGCGGUGGAUUUUCCAUGACUCUUCGCAGGAAACCGUUUUCCCAUAGGCUGUUUCAAGCAUCGACAAUCUCAAAAGCCAAAAAGAGUGGCCCAAGAAAAAAACAGAAAGCCAGAUCAGAAAUUUCCUCUGCACUAGAAAGGAAAGACGUUGAACAGACUACAAGAGCUUUUGCACGAGAUUUAAACUUGAAUAGUGAAUUACCUUCUCCCAAAGGAGACAAGGCCCCAUGUUCUCAGGAAGCAGGCUGGUCCUCUGUAGAUGAUAAUCAAGCCAAAAAAAGAGGGAUAAUGCACCCCUCAAAAAUUUCUUUUUCUAAUAAUGGUGUGACCGAUACUUGUAAUUCAGGAAUACUUGAAGAAGAACACAGAUGUGAAGAAUUUGUUUCCCGUGAGCAGGCCCUAGAAGAUUUGUUUACUAAUACCUCAAAUGAAAUUUUGUCUGAGCCUCUAAUCCACCAAUUACACCUUGACUUUGACACUACUUUAAGGGUACAGGAAGAUGAAUUGGGGACGUCCGUAGAACCAUAUGUGACGAGUAACCUGAAUUUACCUCCUGUCCCCCCAGAACAUUUCUGUUCACAUUCCUUUUCCAUGUUGAGCCUUUCCUCAGAUCAAGAACUGACGUUGCAGAAUAAAAGUCCAGAGACUUCUCUGGAAUCUCAUUCCAAAACUGGACACGAUAUGGUGCUACAUCCCUAUGAAUCCGAUGCUGCCGUUUUGAUUACCUCUGAACUGAUCUCAAAAUUGCAUCUGGAUGACCCGUGUGCUCUGCCGGAACCCCUGAACAAACCAGAUGCUGAGCCUCCUUUUGCAGAAGAGAAGUAUUUGCAGUGUGCCUGUGGAUCAGAAGGAUGCUUAAAAGAACCAGACCUUGCAGGAGACGCCACUAUACCAGUGGAUCUGACGCUGGUGCCAAGCAACCAAACACUUGAUUCUUCUCCCUGCUAUAGCAACCAGCAACCAAACGAACAGUCCGUCUGUGAACAGAUUUCUAGCAUUUCUUUGAGUAAUUUCACCUUGGAUGACCUGGAACGGACUCUGGAACGGAUUGCUGCAGAAACAUUCAGUUCAGAUCCAGCCUCUGCACCCUUUAAUCCAGAUAGAAACACCACUAGCCCAGUCAGCAGGGAAGUGUGUAAUGAAGUUUUUUCACAGUCCCCUAAUGCAAGGCUGCCCUUGGGUGCAGGAGAGGGGAAAGAGCCAAGGACGGUGCCGUCUGACAAGUCUAUUUCAAGGCAAUCCGAUCCCUUGUUACAGCUGGGAAGAGAUGGAAAAAUCACACUCUGUCCCCAGGACCCCAGGAAAUGUGACCCCAACACAGUGGGGGCAUCCGAGCCCCCAUCUUUUGAAUCUCCAACUGGUGGGUGCCUUGCCUCUUUGCAACCUGUGGUGGAAAAGAAAAAAAGAAGGCGCUGUGGAGUUUGUGAGCCUUGUCUGCGGAAAACUAACUGUGAAGAGUGUAGCUGCUGUAGGAAACGCAAAACUAGCCACCGGAUAUGUAAAAAGAGAAAAUGUGAAGAACUGAAGAAGCCCUUGCCGUCCAUUCCACCCUCAAAGCAGCCUGCAGAGGUGCUAACUGAAAACAAAAGGCCUCAGAGAAGGAAGCGAAGAGUUCCAAAGGGAGAUCUAAAAAGCAAACUAGUAAAUGGCUGCAGAGCAGAGCUUGUGGAAUAUGUUGCAUAUGGCCAUGGUGAAAAAUACAAGUUGAAAGCAAACUACUCACUGCCCUGGGAAGAUGUGCAGACAAAUGAAAAAGGAAGUAUGGCCGGCUUAGAAACAGAGAAGUGGGUGCCGAAUGAAAAUCCAUCACUUAAUAUCCAUGUGAAUGGAGAUCUCUGUAACGCUGAAACCAGGAAUGAGAACUUAACACAUUUUGAAAAGGAUGCAAAACUCGUUUAUUCUUCCAGCAUAAUAGAUGAGGCCCCCAAGUUAUUUGCACAUACAGCUAGAAAUGGCAUUAAAAUCUUACCGCAUUCACCAGCAGAAUGUGACACAUCAUUGAAAUCAGAUGUGAGCACACUGAAAAAAGCAGAUGUGAACACUACUGCAAAGCUGGCCAACAGCUGCAAUCACAGUAACUCCAGUGCCUCCUGGGGUGAAGCGGCUCAGCUGAACAGCAUCUACCCUUUGGCAACUGGAACAUAUGGUGCUAUUCCAGAAAAGAAGGACUAUGAUGUAGGCCACCAGACAGAAAACCCAAACGCAAAUCAGGAAGCCGAAAAUUCACUAUUGCAAACCAUUUCACUUUUACAUUUGCAGGACAAGCCACCCUGUACUCCUGUGCUUGAAAGGGGUGCUUGUCUUGAUGAUGGUGCUUCAGAUAUUCCUAGUAAGGAUUCCCAACCUGAAGAUUUGCAACUUCAGUCAACUUUUUUAUCUCUGAUUAAAAACAGAAAUUUAACUGUGGAACAGGUGGUAGCUAUUGAGGCAUUAACACGUUUGUCCGAGGUCCCUUUAGGCCAUUCUUCACCAGCUAAACCAGAAGGUUUAGAGCAGCAAGCGUCGCAUUUGCUGAACAGUUACAAAAAGGAUAGCCCGUGUCCCUUAAAAUCAUCUGCACUGAAAGUAAUAAAAGGGACUUGCCCACAAAAAGACCCACAGCUUCUUUCUCAUCCUUCCUCCCAGAGGAGAAUCAACCAUAAGAGUCUGUUCUACAAGGCUCAAGGUGCUAUUUCUGAGUUCCCCAGUAAAUGUCCAUCUAACUUACUGCGUAGGUUGCAUUGCACCUCAAAAGACACCAGACCUUUCUCUGCUUUAGCGUCUGGUGGAAAUUCAGGUAUUGCUACCAAGAAAUGUCCUCUUCAUCAUAAAACUGCUCUUGGGCCAUGUUCCAAAACCUCAAGUACCGCCAGACAGUGGUGGAACAAAGGAGAGAUGCUUGGCAAAUGGGAGGGAAAGGCUGUUCACAACCUGAAUUUAAAAAGCGGUUCUGUAUUUAAGGGUGGUAUUCACAGCCAAGAUGAAGAAGAGGUAGCCACCCAGUUAACUCAACUCGCAGCAAUAAUUGAAUCGAGCAGAACAAGCCCCAAUCCGAAGAUGACGACAACCCUUCUUGGUCGAUUACCACCUGAUAUGCAAUCAAAAAAUAAGCAGGAUCAGUGCCUAUUGCAGAAGAAACAAUCGGUAUUUGGGAGGAACAAUUACACCUCCUCGUUAGUCAAGCAAAGGCAGCCACCUCGGAAGAAUGAGAAAUCAGUACCGAGGGCCAAAAGAUUGAAGAAGAAACCUCAAGUAGUACCAGACCAACCAAGUCAGCUACAGCAAGAAUGCCAGUAUAGUGAAUUGCAGGACAUACAGAAAAAACCUAAACUGCGCAGACUUGGGCGCAUUGCAUCACAAGAUGCCAAGCUGUCAGCCUUGGGGAAAAAAUCUUCCAAAACCAAAGGACCGAAGGCGCGGAAUCGGAGUGCUUUGUCAUCCCAGCAAAAACCAGCUGUAUUAUUUCUUCCGAAAACUCAGAUAAUAUUCCAUCGGCCUUUACCGGCUUCAAUACAAGGCAAAAUAAGAAAUAAGCCAUUAGGCUGUGAAAUGGUGCCAGAGCCCCUCAAGACAAUAGGCUUUAGCGAUGCACAAGGUGCCAGCAGCCUGAGUGGGGUCACGGGGGCUCUUCAAUGUGGAGCCCCGCUUUCUAGUAAUCUGCUGACUGUUCCUCAGUUAAAAACAGACUUUUGCAUAAAACAAGGAAGUGAAAACGGGCAGAUGUUUACAGAAAAAGACAAGAAUUCUCAGGUACAACAAACCAUGAAUAUCCCUCAGCUGCAUCCUUUUCCUCAGAUCUUCAGUCAAAGAGCUGAUGGUGACAUCUGCGAGGAAAGCCAAGCUAAAUCACAAGGUGCUGUGGAACAAAAGGAUCAAAAUCUGCAACUGAUCCUCCGUAACGGUGAUGAUGGCUUGCCAGGGGAUACCAUGCACACUCUUAGAAAUGUGGAGCAUGUAAGUGAAGCUACAUUUCCAACAUUAAGAACUUUAGAGACUGAAAAGCAACAGGGUACUGGGAACUUAAGAUGUUCUCCAACAAAGAAUACACUCAGUAGUUUUCUUGAAUCUCCCUUGACAUUCUUAGAUACCCCUACAAAGAAUUUAAUUGAUACACCUUCAAAGAAAGGACAGAGUAAUUUUCCAACCUGUGACUGUGUGGAACAAAUUAUAGAGAAGGAUGAGGGUCCAUAUUAUACACACCUUGGAACGGGCCCAAAUAUUGCUGCAGUCAGAGAAAUAAUGGAGGACAGGUAUGGAGCAAAAGGAAGUGCUGUAAGAAUAGAGGUAGUGGUGUAUACAGGCAGAGAAGGAAAAAGUUCCCAGGGGUGUCCAAUUGCCAAGUGGGGAGAUCUAAAAAGCAAACUAGUAAAUGGCUGCAGAGCAGAGCUUGUGGAAUAUGUUGCAUAUGGCCAUGGUGAAAAAUACAAGUUGAAAGCAAACUACUCACUGCCCUGGGAAGAUGUGCAGACAAAUGAAAAAGGAAGUAUGGCCGGCUUAGAAACAGAGAAGUGGGUGCCGAAUGAAAAUCCAUCACUUAAUAUCCAUGUGAAUGGAGAUCUCUGUAACGCUGAAACCAGGAAUGAGAACUUAACACAUUUUGAAAAUGCAAAACUUGUUUAUUCUUCCAGCAUAAUAGAUGAGGCCCCCAAGUUAUUUGCACAUACAGCUAGAAAUGGCAUUAAAAUCUUACCGCAUUCACCAGCAGAAUGUGACACAUCAUUGAAAUCAGAUGUGAGCACACUGAAAAAAGCAGAUGUGAACACUACUGCAAAGCUGGCCAACAGCUGCAAUCACAGUAACUCCAGUGCCUCCUGGGGUGAAGCGGCUCAGCUGAACAGCAUCUACCCUUUGGCAACUGGAACAUAUGGUGCUAUUCCAGAAAAGAAGGACUAUGAUGUAGGCCACCAGACAGAAAACCCAAACGCAAAUCAGGAAGCCGAAAAUUCACUAUUGCAAACCAUUUCACUUUUACAUUUGCAGGACAAGCCACCCUGUACUCCUGUGCUUGAAAGGGGUGCUUGUCUUGAUGAUGGUGCUUCAGAUAUUCCUAGUAAGGAUUCCCAACCUGAAGAUUUGCAACUUCAGUCAACUUUUUUAUCUCUGAUUAAAAACAGAAAUUUAACUGUGGAACAGGUGGUAGCUAUUGAGGCAUUAACACGUUUGUCCGAGGUCCCUUUAGGCCAUUCUUCACCAGCUAAACCAGAAGGUUUAGAGCAGCAAGCGUCGCAUUUGCUGAACAGUUACAAAAAGGAUAGCCCGUGUCCCUUAAAAUCAUCUGCACUGAAAGUAAUAAAAGGGACUUGCCCACAAAAAGACCCACAGUCUUCUUUCUCAUCCUUCCUCCCAGAGGAGAAUCAACCAUAA